AUGCCCUCAUCGCGUUGUUUCAGCGUGGAGAUCAUUCGCUUCGGCCACAGCUGGUGGAUCAACUGGGACCGCAGCAUGUACUACGAGCGCAACGACACGGCGGCAAAGACCCGCACGACGACGCUGAACGAAGAGCUGGGACAGAUCGAGUACAUAUUCUCCGACAAGACCGGAACCCUCACACAGAACAUCAUGACGUUCAACAAGUGUUCAGUGGGAGGCAAGUCGUACGGAGACUUAUUGGACAGCCGUGGGGAACCGCUGGAGAUAAAAGAGGACACGAAGAAGCUGGACUUCAGCUGGAACCCGAUGUACGAGCCGAGCUUUGUCUUCUACGACGGCAGCCUGCUGGCGGCAGUGCGGCGCGGCGAGCCGCAGGUCUGCCUGCUCUUCACCGUGCUGGCGCUCUGCCACACCGUCAUGCCCGAGAUCAAGGACGGGAAGCUGGAGUACCAGGCUCAGUCACCCGAUGAAGCAGCCCUCGUCGGCGCCGCGCGGAACUUUGGCUUCGUGUUCAAGUCUCGCACUCCGACAACGAUCACCAUAGAAGUACAGGGACAGCAGGAGAUCUAUGAGCUCCUCUGCAUCCUCGACUUCAACAAUGUCAGGAAACGCAUGUCUGACAUCCUCGCGAAGAUGAAGAGCCGCCACCACGCGGGCGACCCUCCAUCAGGUGGCGCUCCCGGCGGAGCGAUGGACGUCGUCUCCGUCACCGACCCGGGACAGACGAGCGAGACGUACCGCAUGCGCAACAUCAACAACGGAGCAUUCGGCGUUCCGCACGAUGGCACCACCGUGCUCGAGGACUCGGAGCUCAGCGGUUUCGCGCUCGUCAUCAACGGGCACAGUCUGGUGUUUGCUCUGGAGGAGAAGAUGGAGCUGUUGUUUCUGGAGGUGGGCUGCAUGUGCAAGGCUGUGAUCUGCUGCCGCGUGACGCCGCUACAGAAGGCUCUCGUAGUCGACCUCGUGAAGAAACACAAGAAGGCCGUCACGCUCGCGAUCGGUGACGGCGCCAACGACGUCAGCAUGAUCAAGACGGCGCACAUCGGCGUCGGCAUCAGUGGGCAGGAGGGCAUGCAGGCGGUGCUGUCGUCGGACUUUGCGCUCGCGCAGUUCCGCUACCUCGAGCGUCUGCUGCUCGUGCACGGCCGCUGGUCGUACUUCCGCAUGUGCAAGUUCCUCGAGUACUUCUUCUACAAGAACUUUGCGUUCACGCUCUGCCACUUCUGGUUCGCCUUCUACUGCGGCUUCUCGGCGCAGGUGGGUUGA